AUGAGUGGUACUCAAAAUGGUGUGCAAGCAAUUUUUCAAAAGGAAGUUCCAAAAGCAUUAUAUACAUAUUGUUAUAAUUAUCGCUUAAAUUUAGUGAUUGUGGAUGUUUGUAAAAACGUACCAGAAAUUGAAAAAUUUAUAUCAAUUCUUCAACAAUUGUAUAACUUCAUAAGCAGAUCUACAGUACAUAUGGCUUUCUUAAGUAUUCAGAAAGAAUUAUUUCCUAAAAAAAAUACAGUUGAACUUAAAAAGUUAUGUGACACGAGAUGGAUUUGCCAGAUAUCUGCAUGUAUUGCUGUUAGAGAAACAUUUUCUGUUAUUCUAGUACUUUUAAAUAAAAUUAGCAUUGAAUCAAUUAAAAUGCGAAUAAAUCAAAUAAAAAUUGUUUCUGAUUAUCUACAACUACCCGAAUCAGAUUUAGAACUACCGAUUUCUGAAAAUAGGGAGAUUAUGAGUAAGAAUGAUGUAAGGACAAUUAUAUUUUUUCCAGUAAUUGAUCGAAUGAUCAAUGAAUUACAAAGAAGAUUUUCUGAUAAUAAUCCAAUAUUAUCUGGUAUUAGUUCCUUAAAUCCUCAAAAUAAAUCUUUUUUAGACUUGCAAGUAUCAUUACCUUUUGCCAAACACUAUGAAGUGGAUAUUGAAAGCUUGGAAUCUGAAUUGAAGUUAAUACCCAAACUCAUAGAUAGACACCAAAAAGAAAAAAAAACUAAAACUAAUACUAUACUUGAUUUCAUACAGUUGCUUGAAAAUUACAAAUUGGCCUUUUUUGAACUAUAUUUGUUAUUUACUAUAGCAAUUAUCAUACCUCCUUCAAGUGCCGGUGUUGAGAGAACAUUUUCUAGUCUCCGACAAAUUAAAACUUUUAUGAGAAGUAAAAUGAUCAACACAAGAUUAUCAGAUUUAGCAGUUCUUUCAAUAGAGAAAAAUAUUUCCAAAAACCUAGAUUUGGAGUUCAUUGUGGACAAAUUUUCUGCUGCUCAUCACAACCGCAGAAUAAUGCUUGUUUAA